AUGGAUCAGGGAGAAGAAUCUUCCGAGGUUUAUAGACUCGGUUCUGCCUUGUUUAACCUUGCUCAUUAUGAGCACAUUGUUCAGGUGGUAAGUACACCAAAUAGAAGAUUGUUUUAUUACUUGUUCAGCUCAAUUUUAUCAGAUAUUUUUUAAUAUAUACUGCUGUUGAUCCCCGCAGUUUGUUAGAGGUUGUUAAAUGACGUCGUUAACAGAUGCAAUAAAAAAGGACUGCCGGUGAUAGAUAAUGCUAUUUAUUACCUCUUAACCGUAUUAUCAACCUCAUCCAUAUUGUUUUCCUUGUAUUUAAUAUUUCAAAUAAAUUAUUGCUUGAGUGAUUAUCCUUUUUCAGAAUGAAGAUCGUUUUUCCCACAAAGACAAUGCCCUGCAAUGGGCGGCUUGUGUGAGCCUCUCUGUACAUGAGACUGGUCGUCUACAUGAUGCUUCAGUCCACAAAAUUGUGGCUGAAAUUGUCAAGCGUCAAUUCAUAUCCGCGCUAACCAAUUUCACCGAUAUCGGUAUGAAUUGCUACAUCCUUUGUUAAUUCUCUAUUCUUUGUGUUUUUUACCUGUUCGUUUACAGUUAAUCCCAGUCAAUUCAGUCCUGCUUGGAGGCGUCGAAUUCUUCGCUGUUUUUGACAAUGGUAGUUGCCCUUAAGCUGGCGUUUUCAGUGGUUUUACUCCCCUUAAUGUGAACUAGUUUUUUUCGAAUUCCCAAAAAUUCAAGGUAAUUUAGGUUUCGUUUGGGCUUAGCCAACCAUAUUGCUCGGCUUACGAGUUGCAUCGUCGGACAUUUCUGGAAGUCACAAAGUAGACCCAAAAUAGUAAUAUUAAACAGUAAUAGUUUCCUUUAGAGACGUAUGACAGGAAAAUCAGCUCUAAUUAGAGCCCAAACAUAAUUAUGUCCGAGAACAUAAACUCUAUUAUCAUUAUUAUUCCUUUGGAGGGCGUUGAGAAAAUAAAGAGUUCAAAAACAAUGACUGCUACAAUGCGUAAAGAUAUAGUAGUAGGUAUUUUACAGGUCUCCUUUGCCGCUGGUUUUUUAAAAGUGCCAAUUCAACAACAUUGCACUCUUCAGGGAGCAGUAUUUUACAAUACCCUGGAGAAUCCUCCACGCUGUUUCCAGAAAGAAGCAAACCAAUACUACAAUAAACCCUUCCAUAUUAUUUAG